AUUUGAACCAUUUGAUCUCUGCAACCAUGAGUGAAGUCACCUGCUGCCUAAGGUUCGCUGGUCAGCUGAACUCUGACCUCAGGAAGCUGGCAGUGAACCUAAUCCCCUUCCCCCGCCUCCACUUCUUCAUGGUUGGCUUCGCGCCGCUGACGUCCCGUGGCUCCCAGCAGUACCGAGCACUCAAAGUCCCCGAGCUCACACAGCAGAUGUGGGACGCCAAGAACAUGAUGUGCGCCGCUGACCCUCGCCACGGGCGUUACGUCACCGCCUCGGCCAUGUUCCGCGGGAAGAUGAGCAUCAAGGAGGUCGACGAGCAGAUGAUCAACAUGCAGAACAAGAACUCGUCCUACUCCGUGGAGUGGAUCCCCAACAACGUGAAGUCCAGCGUGUGUGACAUCCCGCCGAGGGGCCUGUCCAUGGCGUCCACCUUCGUGCUGCGCAGUUCCCAUGGUGCUGCGCAGUGAUUUUUUACCUUUUCUUUAUGUCGGCCAUGAUUCUCUUGUUUAGCUACAAAGUACAGUCGUGUAUCUACAGCCAGACCUGUGGGUUGUUUAUUUUAGUUCAACAUGUGGAUCAUUCCCUCAGUGAUGGGGGCUGUUGUUGUUUGUAAUAUGUGCUAUUGAAUAGCCUUUUAUUUUAUGAACUGG